UGCGACAACACUCUAAAGACUGGGCAAACAUGACAUAGCGUGAGAGGACGACGACGAGUUUAGAGCACGCGUGGUGGUUGAGAUAGUCGAUCGAAUCUCAUAUUCAGUGUCAGAGUGGAGGGUUCAUUAUAUAAUCCGAUUGUACAUUUGUCUUCUAGAUGUAACUUUUAUCGCUUCCAUUCACUCAGCCACUCGCUCGCACUCUUUCUCACGGUACCUCUUUCCGAUUCAUUCUGAUACAACCAAUACAGGCUGCACCCGAUCAGCCUGCGCAUCUGCCUUGGAUGCCGUUGCGCGACUUCCACAACCACUGUUCGCGCCCAACACUGGCAGCACCUUCCUCCACACAUAAUCUCCCUCGAUAACGAUAACGACACCUUCCUCGGCCCAAAAACGCAAACAUUAGCGACCGAUAAACGGAAGGAACGACCCUCGACAUGGCUUCCGCAGGUUUUGGGUCCGCUACGGCCUCACCCUCGCACUCAACAAAUGCACACGCAAAUCUUCGAUCAGAAGCGAGUUCUCUUGCGCGACAAGUCAACCGCUUGUUAAAUCGCCAACUCUCUUCUGUGUGUCAGGUUAACGGAGUCAAAAGCACUGGCAUCAAGGCUGAGCUACAGCGUCGCAUACAUAAUCGUAAGUUUAGGGCCUGCUCAUACACAAUUCACUCUUGUUUUCAUCUGCACUGCGCGAUGGCUUCACAUCUCUUUCGCAUGCUUAUUCGGCCGUGAAUCACUGCUUCAAACUCCUCAGUGUCAUAGCUAAUCAUGCCUGCUUCGCCACCAGUCAUCCAAGAAGCCGUCAACGCCAACGAUCCCGUGCGCCUGCAGCAGAUUCGCCAGAGUGUGCACAAUUCGAUCUCGAGCUCUCAGGCCGGAUCUUCGCCCUCUCGAUCGAGCUUCCCGAUUUCACAUGGUCAUGCUUCCUCAACACCUUUCGGGUUGCACAGCAUGUCGUUCCCUAGCACCCACAGCAGCCUGUCUAAUGGUCAGCGCUCUGUGGUUAACUUCAGCUCGUCAGUGACACUCACCUUCAAACCGAGUCCGUUUUAUCAGAUCGAGGCGGUUGCUGGUGAUAUAAAGACCUGCGAUGUCAUGUCGCAGCACCGUAACACGAUAACCUAUCCCAUCAGACUAGACGAUCAUCCUGCUUUACAGAAGUGCGUUAACGACCCUUCGUACCGAGUGAUGGUCUUUUGCGCCGGAGAUACUUCAGGAAUGCAAGAUGUCGCAUUUCCUCACCAGUCAGAACUCAAGGUCAACGGCGGAGAGGUCAAGGCCAAUUUGCGCGGCUUGAAGAACAAACCUGGAUCUACUAGGCCGGUUGACAUCACAAAAGCGCUUCGUCUUCGCCCGAAAUACACCAACAACAUUGAGUUCACAUAUGCGCUGACAUCCAAGAAUUUCUACCUUGUGAUACAUGUUUGCAAGAUAACAUCUGUCGAACAGCUUGCGGAGCGCAUUGCCAAUGGCAAGAAGAUAUCGAUUGAUUCUGUAAAGCAAGAACUCAACGCCAAAGCACAAGAUCCGGAUGUGGUAGCAACUUCACAGGUGCUAUCUCUCAAAUGCCCAUUGUCAUACAUGCGAUUAGCACUCCCUUGUCGUGGGUUGAGCUGCACACACUUGCAAUGCUUUGAUGCCACUUCUUAUCUUCAGCUGCAAGAACAAGGCCCUCAAUGGCAAUGUCCCAUUUGCAACAAGUCCGCAACUUUUGAGCAGUUGGCUGUCGAUGCAUAUGUCAAAGACAUCCUUGAAAAGACCCCAAAGAGUCAGGAAACUGUGACCAUCGAGCCCAAUGGUGAAUGGCAUCUCAAGAGCAUUGACGACAGCAGUCAAGGGCACACAAAUGGCAACUCAUCGUACGCAAAUGCCUUUGAUGAUGACGAUGACGAUCUAGUAAUAUCAGAGGUCAAUUCUAUUGGUCACCGUCGUUUAGAGACGCCCAAAAUCUCUACACCGACCAUUAGUACGCCAGUAACAGCAGGUCGCGAUGUGUCGUCUUCUGCUGGACCGAGGGGCAUAGCAUCUACCAGCGCGAAGCGCCCAAUGGCCACUGUCAUCGACCUAACGUUAUCUGACGAUGAUGAUGAUCUGCCUCCGCCCCCCAAAAGGCAAAACACCUCGAUGAACGGAUACUCAGGCAACCUACCUAGCAACUCUCCAAUCUCGCCAGGUGAUCUCGGGUAUCUUUAGGGGGAUGCUCGUCCUCAGGGACGCAAGAAACAUAAACGGAAUUGUAAGACUCUUUAAAAAGAGUAUAUGGUGGCAGUGAAAUAUGCCCUAGGGGGGCAGGCUAUAUAACUGCUUGGUACUAGGGGUGUUGGUUGAUGACUUUUACUUUGGCAUGUUCUGAUCCGGCGUUGGAGGAGACGGAAAAUGAUUCCCCUGCUAAUUACCGGCAUUGCUAUCACGGUUGUUUUUCGCGAGGUGUAAGGGAGUAUAUAAAAGAAAGGGGAUCAGUCAUUCAGGGGGUACUUACUUUACGAGAUAGGGUCCAGUCUCAAACAUAACAGGAUGCAAUGAAAAGACAAGUAACCUCUUCCACAUGUUCUCAUUCCAAAUAGGGACGUCAUGGAAAGCAAAGAAUACAAAGUCUGACGAUUGUACAUGUCGCGAACCAAUGUUGUGACGAUGAAGUCACAUGGUCAAUUGCAAAAUAUUUUCACAGAAAAACGCGAGUAUCAGAAACGCACA